AAUAAAUCGUUCGCAAAACUGAGCUUCAAAGGAACGAAUUUAUGAGAAUUUAACUUGAUUUUCUUUAAGUUUCUCCUUUUUCACUCUCAUUGUAGCAUUUUUUUCCUAACAAGGCACAUGUGUGUGUGCAUGUAUAAAUUCAGUACCAAAGAGAAUUGGCGUUAGUUUCUUCUUGGCAUUCGACCAUGCAGCAUUGAUCGUUGAUCGUGCACUUAUUUUUUAAAAAAUAAUAGAAUUUUAAUAAAAUAAACUUUUAAGAAUUUGGACUUAAGAUGAAUCUAGAUUGUGAUUAAAGUGAACAUCUUAUUAAAUUCUUGGAGUGACUUAAGAAUCAGUUAAAAAAAUUAAUCCUUGACAUUUUCAAUUUGUUCUUUGUGAUGAUAAGAGAGUGAAGUGAUUUUCUCGGACAAUUAAAUUUUUAAAAAGGACAAAUUAAGUGAAAUUGAUUACAAAAUUGGGUUUGUGAUACCUUCGGUAGUAUGGAGAAUGAUGAUUUGGUAAUUAUUUAAAUUAAACGACUUUUUGUGCAACCAAGAAGAUUUUUCGAUCGCGGAUGGAAAGAUAAACUGUCUGUGCUGAACUUGUUUUUGAAAGAUUGCAAUGCUAGUUUGAAUUGUAGACUAGUCAAAUUGAUAUUAAGUUGACAUCUAAUCAAGACCUUUUAGUUGAUUUUGACUGAAUGAUUUGAUACAAAAAAAAAUCACUUGAUGGUGUCUUCCGUCUUUUUAAAACAGUGUUGUUCAAACUUUUUUGAGCCACGGCACACCUUAGGGAAUGUUCAAAAACAACGGAAAAUAAUAAUAAUGUUUAACGGAGAGAAAAGGGAAAUUUUAUUUAAUGAAAAUGACAAGAGCAGUGGAUCAAAGAAAAGUUCUUCUUCAAAACGAAAAUCUUCGGAUCGAUCGUCAUCACCAACUAAGCGAAAGAAAUCCUCAGAAAGGAGUUUAUCAACGUCUAAGCAUAUUUCUUCAAAAGAAGACAAACCAAUUCAUGAAUCACAUACUGUAACAAAGCAUAAAAAUUCAGAAAAAGCUUCAUCUAGCUCAUCAACAGAGAAAUCAUCAAAAACAGAAAAGAAAAGCUUAUCCGAACACAAAUCAUCAUCCUCAAAACAUAAGUCUGCUAAAAGAGACAAAUCUUCAAAUAAAAAUGCUUCAAAAUCUGAAAUAAAGGAAUCUGAAAAUAGCUCAACAUCAUCUAAACACAGAUCAUCAUCCAAACACAAGUGUACAGAAAGCACGCACUCAAUUCAAACAUUUUCUUCUGAAAAGGAACAAAAAUCUUCGACAAGUUCCAAAUCUAAAGAUAAUUCAUUAGAUAAAUCUUCAUCAUCAGAAACAAAACAAAAGUUAUCAACUUCAACAUCAAAGCAAGAAAGUUCUUCUUCUUCAACAUCAAAAAGUUGCGAACUUUCGGAAAAAUUGUCAUCUCCGCAAUCAAAUUGUGAUAAAUCGAGAAAUGAGAGCAAGGAACGAAAAAGUAAGAGCAAAAGUAAGAACGACAUUAUAAACCAAGAAAUUCAAAAAAUUAGAGAAGAGAAUACGAAAUUUUUGUCGGAAAUGAUAGAGAAAUUUAGAGAUGAGACCAAGAAAUUUAUUGAAGAUUUCAGUAAAAAUCCGCCACCUUUAGUUAAAGGUUCGAAUUCAGUCCAUCUCAAAUCUUAUAAUCUUCUAGAUUGUAAUGAUGAAAUCCCUGUUUUGGAUAUUCCUUCUCAGGACAAUGAUUAUGAAUAUAUAUUAAUUAAUGGGUAUUAUGUCCGAAAAUGUGUGCUCGAUUAUUAUAUGGACCCAAUAAAUAGUGCUCAAAUUUAUUCACAAAAAGGCAAGGACUACGAAAGUGAAUGUACCAACAUGCUCAAAAUUGAUGCAACUCCCGAACAACAAAAUGGUGAAAAAAUGGCAACACUAGUGCCAAACACAGAAAUUCCUUUGCAUGAAAUUAAUGGCAUUCAGCACAUUAGUACUAACGAAAAUAUUCAAAUGAUGCCUAUAAAGACUGAAGUUAUGGAUGUUGAUGAAAUUCUCACAAAACCUGUUUCUAUUUUUCAUCCGUCUACAACAGUCGAACCACCUGAUUCUAAACUUAAUAUAAGUUUUACUAAUAUUAAAUCAGAGCCACAACCUCACUGCUCAAAGAAUAUUCCACCGAGUAAUAUUAAGCAAGAGUUAAGCAUAGAUUCUAAGGAAUACUUUAGAAUAAUUCCACAGAAUACCACAAACACAGAAGUUCCAGUAAUUAAAGAUUCAGAAAAAUUAAAGUCAUUAGCAGAUAUGACUGUAAUAAAUAAGUGGAUAGCUAGUCAAAAUAAUAAUCAUGGAUUUAAAGAUAAAGAAACUUUAAACUUCAUGAUGUUGAAGAAUUCCUUGUUCUCACUGUUUAAAUGUAUGGGAAUUAACUGCUUUUAUACAACAAUCAGCUAUGAAAAUUUCUUAGAUCAUCUUAACAUUCAUAUGGACUCAAAUUGUUCCACUAAAGACUGCUUUUUAAACUGUGCGUACUGCUUAAAUAUAUCCAAAGAUCCAAUUGAUCUUAUUGAGCACUACAAAAAUGCCCACUUUAAUUGCAUUUAUCAGUGCAACUUAUGCUUUUAUCGAGCUGCAGAACAACAAAGUGUCUAUGAUCAUCAAGUGCAUUAUCAUAGUCAAGACACUAGAAAACAUGAAAUUCUUGAAUGUCCAAGCGUUUAUCCAAAAGAUGAAAAGAUUGAGGAACACAAGAUAAUUAAUAAAAUUAAAGAAAUUAAGGAAUGUUUAAUUUGUGAAUUAUGUUUUGAUAAAUUCAUCAUUCCUGAAGAUUACAUUAAGCACUUAAAAUCCGAUCAUCAGAGCGUAGAAGAAAAGGAAAAAUCGGAAGAAGAAAUUAAGAAAAUGAAUAUCAGUUUUGCAAAUAAUAGAAUAGGAAAAUAUCAAUGCAUAGAAUGUGAAAGUACAAAACCUUUUGGAUCAAAUAACAGAAUUGAAAUAAGAACUCAUCUUCAUCAACACCCAAGAACGCUGCACUAUGUCUGUGUCCGCGAAACUGAACAGUAUAAACACACGAGAAUAAAGUCUAGAGGAGAUCUUCAAGUUACAAAGUACAAUGGAGAUUUGGAAGUGCUGAGAAACACAGAAGGAAUUCUAAAAAUAACUACUAUGUAGUUGGAAUGUUACGAAAUUCAUUCUAAAUGAAGAAAAAAACGCUUAAUACGUGUAAUAUUUUGUAUAUAAGAAAAGAAUAAAAUUUGUAAUUAAAUCUGC